CUCCUUUGCCAAUGCAGCUCUGAUCUCUCCUACCUGAGAAUGUCAGUGUGAGUGGCCAUUCCAUCUGCACAACAUCCUCCUCCACGCACGCAAAACAUACAAAAAGGCAGAAGCGGAGGAGAUGAAGGCAAUGGCCGGGCCAAAGCUGCUCGUCGUCCACGCGUCGUCGAACAAGGCCCUGAACGGGAUGGCGCCCACGUCGCCGGCGUCGCCCGGCUGGUCGCGGUGCCUGUGGCUGGUGGUGUUCCUGGCCUUGUUCACCUGCGUGUCCCUCCUGACCGUGCUCUCCACGGCGCGCGCCUCGGCCGGGGCGCCGGCGUGCCAGGCGGCGUCGCUCACGGCCAGCGCUGCCGGCGCCACGGAGGCCGGCCUGCCGCGGCACGUGUUCGACGCGCUGGUGCAGUACGCGGCGGCGGCAGGGAACUUGUCGUCGAGCAUGCCGGAGCCGGACGUGCGCGCGAUCGCGUCGGUGCUCCGGCGGCGCGCGCCGUGCAACCUGCUGGUGUUCGGGCUGGGCGCGGAGACGCCGCUGUGGCGCGCGCUCAACCACGGCGGGCGCACGGUGUUCCUGGACGAGAACCCGUACUACGUGGCCCACCUGGAGGGUAAGCACCCGGGGCUGGAGGCCUACGACGUGGCCUACGCCACGGCGGUGCGCGAGCUCCCCGACCUCCUCGACGCCGCCCGUGCCGCGCGCGCCGCUGAGUGCCGCCCCGUCCAGAACCUGCUCUUCUCCGAGUGCCGCCUCGCCAUCAACGACCUCCCCAACCAGCUCUACGACGUCGCCUGGGACGUCAUCCUCGUCGACGGCCCGCGCGGGUUCAUGGAGGGGUCGCCGGGGAGGAUGUCGGCGAUCUACUCGGCUGCGGUGAUGGCGCGGACCAAGGGCGCGGAGACGGAGGUGAUGGUGCACGACUACGAGCGGGAGGUGGAGCGCGCGUGCGGCCGGGAGUUCCUGUGUGACGAGAACCGGGUCACGGCGACCAGCACGCCGUCGCUCGGCCACUUCCUCGUUCGCGGCGGCGCCGCCGCCAACCGGGAAGCCUUCUGCGGGCCGCCCGCCGGCGCCGCCCAGAAAUCGAAACCGAGCUAAGCGAGUCGUAGUCGUUACUUCUCCUUCCCGGGCAAUGUUGGCGAUCUCUCUUUGACAGGGGAAAGUAAUGAACUCGCGGAAUUGACUCAAGGAAGCAUAGGUCAGUGGUUCCUCGUAUUCUUUUCGAACAAAUCCUGUAUUCCUGUGGGUGGUGGUGGUCCAAUGAUUUCUCCCUUCAAACAUACUGUAAUGCCUGACGUGCCAACACAUUCGACACGUUUAAGAG